GGUAUCUGAAUUCCAUGGCAGAUCCGCAUGUGUUUGUUGAACCCGGUGAAUCUGUCGAGUUGGAUCUACGUGCUCUGGCGGCUGGUUUUUCCGAUCCAUCUUUUACUGCGUCCAAGGGCAAGCUAGAAACCGUCGAGGUAUCGAAUGGAGUAGCCAAGUACACGUCCUUGGGGGCUGCUGGCAUUAAUUACUUGGAAUGCCAGUAUUAGUGAACACUGAAGGGAGCACAUGGCAGAGGGCUGUCGGAGUCGC